GAUUUACAGCCUCACUCAUCACUGAAGGCACGACUCUUGACUAUGAGCAUCGCUCACGAUUUGACAUUCUUCGAUUGCACGCUAUCGCUCAAGCUCCUGGAAAGCGAAGCAACUUCAACGCCCGAGGUACACUGCGCGUCGUUGUUACGUGCAAUCGGCUGGAGCCCUUGCGGUUGGAAGACAGGCCGAUCUGCUCGACUCGUGUGACCAUCAACGCACUACUUUGCGCACGCAUCAAGCGCUCAUAUCACUCUCGCCUACCUAUAUCCGCACGUCCGUCGUUGCAAAGAAUCGCAAACAUGGCCACGCGCUCAGACGUUCGGGACAUCUUUUCCCUUCCCGACCGCACGGGCGCUUCCAGCUCCAAGCCCAGCAAACGCACGACGAAUGGUCCCUCCAACAUUUCAUCGAGCACCAGCUCGGGACCUCCAGGUCUUCUCUCCACAAAGUCAAAAUCCAGCAAACCCAAAGUGGAUGGCAUGACGAGAGAGCUGUACGCGCUCUUGGGAGACAAUGCGCCCACCCUCAAUGUUAGCCAUGCGGUUGUGGCUGGAGGACACAACGAGAUGUUCAAGUUCAGACCCAAAUUCAAGAAGAGACCCAACAAGGCCCAGAAAUGGGUAAUGGCACCUUUUCGCAACCCAGCUCGUGAGGAUGACUUGGUGUUGCAUCACUGGGUGCGGGAAAGCGAAGCUCUGGAAGGGAAGCAGGCAGAGCAUAAUAAAAAGGGCGACAGCGAAUUGACCGAAGUGAUGGAUGUGGAUGGUGAACCCUUUGACGAGGCCAGUGAGGGCAACACGAAAAGCAAGGGUCGAAGGUUGCCGCCCAAAGACUACAAAUUCUCGCACUUUAAUACAUCCUCGGGCGUCUACUCGUAUUCCAACGACGAGUACCAUCAGCACCUCCGCGACGACGACUGGACAAAGGAAGAGACGGAUUACUUGAUCGAGUUGUGUCAAGCGUACGAUUUGCGCUUCGUCGUUGUGCACGACAGGUGGGAAUGGAGAGGAGGGAGGGCACGUACAAUCGAAGAUCUCAAGGCGCGAUACUACGCGGUCUGUCGACGUCUCAUCAGAUCCCGCAUCACUACAAGCGAUAUGGAAGCCCGCCAGCAUCUGCUGACCACUUACAGCUUUGAUAAGGCCAGGGAGACGGAAAGGAAAAAGGCGGUAGAAAGAUUGUUCUCUAGGAGUCCUGCGCAGCUGGCAGAGGAAGAAGCUCUAUACGUCGAGGCUAGACGCUUGGAACAGAAUGAAGCACGCUUUGCUGGAGAGAGGGAGGAUCUGCUUAGGUUGCUUGGAGGAUGGGAACGAUUGCCUAAUGGCGAUCGAGCGACUACUGCAGGCCUGGCUGCAGGACUUGGCUACAACACUCCAAGUGGCACUUCUAUCAUCGAAGAGGCCUCAGAUGGCAAGCGCAAGAAACGCAAGAUUACAGAUGGUGCAGAAGAAGACGCGCCCGCUCAGUCUUCACGCACCGGCUCAUCCUUGUCCCAGAAGCAAAAGGUGGAGCUCAAGCAGGCACAAUUCGACGAGACGCAUUGCAUUGCUCGCUUCGACCCUGUUCCAGCCGCGCCUUUCAAAGCUCCUUAUCCGCACCUGCAAGGCACUGCCUCGUCUCAACCACCUGUCAAUCCUGUCCCCUCCAACCAAAUCUCCGCUCAUGGAGCCUACUUGCGUUCCGCUAGAGUGCUAGCUCCUCGAUCAACGCUUCUUCCACGGGUGCAUCAGACCCUCGCCGAGCUGCGUCCUCCCGUUGGACCUCGCUUAGUCUUUCCGACUCAACGCAACGUGGAACGGUGGGAGGGCUUGUUGGGCGCUGUCACUGCUGGGUUGGAGAUGAAGAGACAGUUGGAUAGGGUAGAGAGCGAACUGAGGACGCAGAAAGCUAGAGUGGACGCUCAGAUCAGUGCGAUGAAGGCUGCUCAAGCGCAGAGCAAGACUCCUGCGCAGAUUCAACAGGCUGGUCAGGCUGCUGCAGCUGCCGCUGAAGGUGCUCUUAUAUCGCAAGAAGAAGAGGCGGAGAGCGCAAUGGUCCAGUAGCCCCUCGCUUCAUCAGAUCCGCGCGCAGCACCUUUGCCUUCUCUUGCAACACACACCACGCAGCCGUUGCGACAUCAGACAAUCACGUGCAGAAUCGUCUUGUCGGGCCAUUCAAUUGUGACCGCUUUCUUUUGGGGGAAAGAUACGAUACAUACAAUCUGACGAGCGCAUCACCAGCUUCUCCAAUACCCCGCAUCUGCGCCGUCCGUCUUGCCCGCAUUGCCCGCUCCACUGACCUCGCUCGAGAUGACGCGGUGUACUGCAGAAGCACGUACGAGUAUUUUCAGUUUAUGAACGCGAGCAACACGGCGUGACCUCGCUCCGACGGGUCCAAAGAAAUGUCCGUGACUCACCGUGGCACAAGUAGUCGACGUAGGACAUCAUGUCGUUAUUCUGAUCCUCCACCAAGUUGUUGGCCAGCUCCACUUCCAUGCCGUCCCUAUUCUGUCUGGCAAUGAAGACGGGUAAAGCAGGUUUG